CCGCCGCCGGGAUGGCAGUGGGAGGGAACGCUCCAUCCUAAGGCGGUUAUAAAAACUGCGCCCUCGGCGGGGUCCCGUCCUCUGCCACUCUUGCUCCGGGGUCCCCGCGCCAGAGACGCAGCAGCGCUCCCUUUGCCCACACCCACCGCUCCCUCGCUCGCCUCUCCUCCCGGAGCCAGUCCGCGCCACCGCAGCCGCCAAGCCCACUGCCACCUCUGCAGCCAUGUCCACCAGGACCGUGUCCUCGUCCUCCUACCGCAGAAUGUUCGGCGGCCCUGGCACCGCUAGCCGGCCGAGCUCCAGCCGGAGCUACGUGACCACGUCCACCCGUACCUAUAGCCUGGGCAGCGCGCUGCGUCCCAGCACCAGCCGCAGCCUCUACACCUCGUCCCCGGGCGGCGUGUACGCCACGCGCUCCUCGGCUGUGCGCCUGCGGAGCAGUGUGCCCGGCGUGCGGCUGCUGCAGGACGCGGUGGACUUCUCGCUGGCCGACGCCAUCAACACCGAGUUCAAGAACACCCGCACCAACGAGAAGGUGGAGCUGCAGGAGCUGAAUGACCGCUUCGCCAACUACAUCGACAAGGUGCGCUUCCUGGAGCAGCAGAACAAGAUUCUGCUAGCCGAGCUCGAGCAACUCAAGGGCCAGGGCAAGUCGCGCCUGGGGGACCUCUACGAGGAGGAGAUGCGAGAGCUGCGCCGGCAGGUGGACCAGCUCACCAACGACAAGGCCCGCGUCGAGGUGGAGCGCGACAAUCUGGCCGAGGACAUCAUGCGGCUGCGGGAGAAGUUGCAGGAGGAGACGCUUCAGAGGGAGGAAGCCGAGAGCACUUUGCAGUCUUUCAGACAGGAUGUCGACAAUGCUUCUUUGGCACGUCUUGACCUGGAGCGCAAAGUGGAAUCCUUGCAAGAAGAGAUUGCCUUUUUGAAGAAACUGCACGAUGAGGAAAUCCAGGAGCUGCAGGCUCAGAUCCAGGAACAGCACGUCCAAAUCGAUAUGGAUGUUUCCAAGCCUGACCUCACGGCUGCCCUGCGUGAUGUCCGCCAGCAGUAUGAGAGCGUGGCCGCCAAGAACCUUCAGGAGGCGGAGGAGUGGUACAAGUCCAAGUUUGCCGACCUCUCCGAGGCUGCUAACCGCAACAACGAUGCCCUGCGCCAGGCCAAGCAGGAGUCAAAUGAGUACCGGAGACAGGUGCAGUCUCUCACCUGUGAAGUGGAUGCGCUCAAGGGGACCAACGAGUCUCUGGAACGCCAGAUGCGGGAAAUGGAAGAGAACUUUGCCGUGGAAGCUGCUAACUACCAAGACACUAUUGGCCGCCUGCAGGAUGAGAUUCAGAACAUGAAGGAAGAGAUGGCCCGUCACCUUCGUGAAUACCAAGACCUGCUGAAUGUCAAGAUGGCUCUCGACAUCGAGAUUGCCACCUACAGGAAGCUGCUGGAAGGAGAGGAGAGCAGGAUUUCUCUGCCUCUUCCAAAUUUUUCUUCCCUGAACCUGAGGGAAACCAAUCUGGAAUCCCUCCCUCUGGUUGACACCCAUUCCAAAAGGACACUUCUGAUUAAGACGGUUGAAACCAGAGAUGGACAGGUUAUCAAUGAAACUUCCCAGCAUCACGAUGAUCUGGAAUAAGAACUGCAUGUACUCCGUGCAGCGAAAUAUUACCAGCAAGAAUAAAAAAGAAAUCCGUAUCUUCAAGAAAUAGCUUUCAAGUGCCUUUCUGCAGUUUUUCAGGAGCGCAAGAUAGGUUUGGAAUAGGAAUAAGCUCUAGUUCUUAAAAACCAACACUCGUAAAAGAUUUAGGAAAAAAGUUUACAACAUAAUCUAGUUUACCGAAGAAGCCUUGUGCUAGAAUACUUUUUAAAAAGUAUUUUUGAAUACCAUUAAAACUGCUUUUUUCCAUCAAAUAUCUGACCAACUUGUUUCUGCUUCAAUAAAUCUUUGGAAAACUC